GGCGACAACGAAGUUUGAAGUUCGAACCGAGUAGCAAAAAUGUCAAAAGAACUUAAGAAAUUAAAAACAAAAAAACAAAAAAACGGGGCCGACAUUUCCAAGGAAGAGGAGGAGGCGAUAGAUGAGGAGGACAAAGAGGAAGAUGGCCAAGAAGACGAGGAGGACGAGGAGGAGGCGAUAGACGAGGAGGACAAGGAGGAAGACGGCCAGGAAGACAACGACGAAGACGAAUACGAGGAGGGGGAAGACAAGGCGAUGGAUAAAGAGGAAGACGAGGACGAGGAGGAGAUGGGGGUAGACGAAGACGAUGAGGAAGACGAGGACGAAGAGGAGGAAAAGGAGGCGAUGCAGAAAGACGAAUACUACGAGGAGGGAAGAGGAGGCGAUGGAAAAAUAGGACAUCGAGGAGGAGGAAGAGGAGAAAUACAAGGAGGACAAGAAGAGGAGGAAGAGGAGGAAGAGGAGGAAGAGGAGGAAGAGAAGGAAGAGUAGGCGAUGGGGAAACACGAAGACGA